GAAACAAAAAUAAAUCAAAUCGAAAAACGUUUCCUCUUGACAUGUUUUAAAGGUAAGCACUGUUACAUCCAUCUAUGGACAUUUUGCUGGAACGUUGGGCGGGUCGUGACGCUGAUAUAAGAAGGGCAGAUCUCAUUGUCUGUCAGUUUAUUGUCAUGAGGUUUUGUAAAGAUGCGGUUCCUCCUCCUGCUGAUCUGCUCCUCCACACACAUUGUUAGUGUGGCAGCUCAAGCCAAAGGUAAAGUUAUUCUGCGCGGUGGAGAGAACCCGUGCGAGGGUCAUGUUGAAAUCUACUACAACAACACAGCGGGGCAUGUGGGAGAUAAACACUGGGACGACAACAUGGAGAAGGUGGUCUGCAGGACCACUCAGUGUGGGGUACCGGUGCCCGGUGCGACCAAAAAUGUCCAGAGGCUGGAGAACAGAAUGGUGUGGCUGAAUGAACUGCGGUGCAGCGGGGACGAGGACAGUCUGUGGGACUGUCCAGGGUAUCCGGCUCCAGGCGUCAGCGUCUACCAAAAGCCCACGGUGAAGAUGAUCAAAUGUUCAGGUCAAAUCAAGAUAAGUCUUGAACCACAUGAAUGCCACGGAGUAGCAAAGUACUCUGUGAGCCCGACUCAUUCUGGCUACUUCUGCAAGGACAACUGGGGACCAAAAGACACCCAGACUGCAGAACUGCUGUGCAGAAGUCUUGGAUGUGGAGGUUUGAAAGAGAUCCCAAGAGCUCGGUGGGUUGACAUGAGCAAUUAUGAAAGAUCAGAGAAGAUGGGGGUGGAUUGUGCUGGCAUUGAUUCGGUGACCAAUCUGUGGCUGUGCGCCGGGAAACCCAACCAGUGCAGAGACCCUGUUGUUGUAACAUGUAAAGGAAGUGUUGAGUUCAGGCUGGCGGACGGUCCUGGGAAAUGUGCUGGUAGGCUGGACGUCCUGCAUGGAGAUCAUGAAGUGGUUUUUCUGAAGGGAUCUGAAUCCUGUACUGGAGCGGUGGGAAUCUGGCAGAACAACAACACCUUCUGGCUCUCCGGGUCCAAUGAGACCUGGAACUCUGAGGCUGCAGAAACGCUGUGUCAGCAGAUGCACUGUGGCCGCCUCACCAAGUUCUCCUCCAGCUCUUCUGCUGGUGACAUUUCUGAUAUGAUCUUCAGAGCUUACCGCUGCUCUGGAAAGCAAAGGUCUCUCUUUGACUGUGACAAAGUGGAACUUCCUGACCACAAUGAGACCAUUGCUCAGGUGGAAUGCUCAGACUGGAGGGAGAUAGUUCUAGAAGACGAUGGCUGUAAGGGAGAAGUGGCUGUUUACUCUCAAGCAGGAAGGAUGCUCGUCUCCAGCGAAGGCUGGACGGAAACAGAGGGGAACCGACUUUGUACGGAUCUGCAGUGCGGCAAAUUCAAGACUAAAAGAGAAGUUUCAGGGGACGAUUCCUUCUGGAAAAAAACCUUUAAAUGUCCAAAUGAUGGAAAGGCUGAAAGUAUCUGGGACUGUGAGACAGAAAGUCCUCCUUCACUGCAGAGGAAGAAACUCUUCAUCGAAUGUCAAGGUGGGAUUUACUUCUGA